UCUGGUACCUUCCUCACCACGGCGUGCAGGAGCCCGCGAAGGGAAAACUGCGCGUGGUUUUUGACUGCGCGGCCCGGAGCCAUGGCGUGUGUUUAAAUGACUUACUGAGAGGGGGUCCGAACCUGACAAAUCCGCUUCUCGGGGUGCUCUGUCGCUUCCGGGAAGGGCGUGUCGCGUUCACAUGUGACGUCCAGUCUAUGUAUCAUCGAGUGCGUGUGCCGGAAGCAGAUGCUGAUCUGCUGAGAUUCCUGUGGUUCCAUGAUGACGACCCAGAGGGUGACGUGCAGGUGCUGAGGAUGAGGUCGCACGUCUUCGGAGCGGUGUCAAGUGGCAGUGUGGCCAGCUUCGCGCUGAGCCGCUGCGCAGAGGAGGGUCGCGAGCAGUUUCCUGAGGCCGCUGAUGCUCUACUCCGUAAGACGUAUGUAGAUGACGCUCUAUGUGCUGCUGACUCCGUGGAGGAGGCUGUGAAGCUGGCACGUGACCUGAAAGAUCUCUGCAGGACCGGUGCAUUCAACAUGACUAAGUUCACCAGCAACCGGUCAGAGUUUCUGAAACAGAUUCCGUUUGAAGACAGAGGUAAGCAGGUUAAGGCAGUGGAUUUAGAUAAGGACGCUCUGGGCUCUGAGCGUGCGCUUGGACUGAAGUGGUCUGUCGAGAAGGACUCUUUUGUUUUCCAGUUCAACGACCGGCACAAGCCGGUGACGAGGCGCGGCAUACUGUCCACCGUAAGUUCGGUGUUUGACCCUCUCGGUAUCGUGUCGCCAGUGACCCUGCUCGGUCGGGUGCUGCUGCAGAGGCUGUGUGCGGUUUCCUGUGGGUGGGACGAGCCUCUGUCUGAUGCCUUGACGGGGGAGUGGGAGGAGUGGCUGGCCGGUGCCAGGGAGCUGGACAGUGUUCAGCUGGAGAGGUGUAUCGUGGGCCCGCCUGGAGAGGUGUUGAGCACUCAGCUACAUGUCUUCGCUGACGCUAGCGAGACCGCGUACUCUGCAGUGGCAUACCUGAGAAGGGAAGUUCGUACCCCGGACGGGGAGGUCCGGUGUUUUGUGACGUUUCUCUUGGGUAAGUCGCUUGUGAAUCCCGUGCGGUUCGUGUCUGUGCCGCGGCUCGAGCUAGCCGCCGCAGUGCUGGCCGUGAGGGUGAGACGGGUGCUUGAGAGAGAGCUAGACACCCAAUUCGACUCUUUCCACAUGUGGACUGACAGUAUGGUAGUACUGGCCUACGUCAGGAACCGGACGACGAGAUUUAAGACUUUUGUGGCAAACCGGUUGGCGUACAUCCAUGACGGCUCCAAAGUGAGUGACUGGGCGUAUGUGCCUUCGACAGUGAACCCGGCUGAUGUUGGAUCUCGUGGCUGUCAGCCGGCGGGACUGAAGCCGUGGCUGGGAGGGCCAGAGUUUCUUCUCGGGAGCGCCGGCGGAUGGCCGGAGGAACCGGCAGUAUCUGUGUCGGUUCCCGUUUCCGAGGUAAAGUCUUCGCCUGUAGCCCUGGUGUCGCUUGCCGCCGGUCCCGAGAGCCCUUUCGAUCUACUGAUCAGGAGUUUCUCGUCCUUUUUUCGACUCAAGCGAGCGGUGGCGUGGUAUCAUCGCUUCCUCUGUGUCCUGCGUGACGGCUCUUUCCGCAGAUGGUGUCUGGCGAGAAGGAGAGGCCUGAGGCGGCGCGGACACGGUGAAAGGACUGACCUGACCGUGUCAGAUCUGUGCGGGGCAGAGCGUAUUGUUUUGCGGCACGCCCAGAGGGACCUGGCUGAUUUUCCGAGAGAGGGAUGUGACGAUGGCCCAGUCGGAGUGCCUAUGAGCAGUCCUCUGACGAAGCUGCGUCCGCAGAUGCUGAACGGCCUGCUGGUCGUGGGAGGCCGACUCGGUCGGUCGGAGAGUGUUUCCGAGAGCGCGAAGCACCCAGUGAUUCUGCCCCGUAAGAAUCACGUGACCCAGCUGUUGAUCCGAGAGGCUCAUGAGAGGGUGGGCCAUGAGGGCCGCGAUCAUACUUUUUGGGAGGUCAGGAAACGUUUCUGGGUGAUAGGCGCUGGUCCUGAGAUUCGGGGACUCAUUCGCAGAUGUGUAACGUGCAGGAAGGUGAACGCGCGGCCUCAGAAGCAGCUCAUGGCAGACUUGCCAAAGGAGCGCGUGGCAGCCGAUACACCGGCAUUCUCGUCAGUGCUGCUUGAUGUGUUUGGGCCGAUCUUGGUUAAGACCGGGCGGACCGAGCGGAAACGCUACGGUCUGAUGUGUGUCUGUGUCGUGACACGAGGCGUCCAUGUUGAGAUUCUGGAUUCGUUGCGCACAGACUCGCUGAUAAACGCCAUUCGUAGGAUCAGCGCUCGCCGGGGUCAGAUCGUUCAGAUCAGGAGUGAUAUGGGGACGAAUCUGACCGGGGCCGACAGAGAGCUCCGCGAGGCGCUGAGCGAACUCAGUCACGGUGAUUUGCAGCGUGCCGCGCUGAAACAGGGCAUUGACUGGCAAUUCAAUCCCCCCACAGCUUCUCACUUCGCAGGUGGCGUUGAGAGGCAGAUCAGAACAUUCAGGAAGGUAUGGCGGUCCAUGCCUACUCAGCAGCGUCUGGAUGACGAAUCGAUUCGCACGCUGUUUUGCGAGAUCGAGUCUGUUAUGAACAGCCGGCCACUGACUUACGUAUCGACUAGCUCCGGUCAGCUGGAGCCUCUGACCCCGGGGCAUCUCCUAUUUCUGAGGAGCAGUGCCGGACCGAUACCCGGAGAGUUUUCAGAGUCCGAUUCGCUAUCGAGACGUCGAUGGCGACACGUGCAGUAUUUGGCCCAGCAGUUUUGGUAUCGCUGGAGACGUGAAUACCUGCUUUCUCUCCAGGCGCGCCAGAAAUGGACGCGGGAGUCGAGAAAUGUGCAGCCGGGAGAUGUCGUUCUCCUAGCUGAUCAGAACGUGCCGCGGGGACUGUGGCGGCUAGGAAGGGUAGUUAAGGCUUUCCCCAGUCAGGACGGACUCGUGAGAAAGGCUCUAGUUCGGACAGGUGAGUCCACGUACCUGAGACCGAUCCACAAGAUGGUAUUGGUCAGUUCUGAAUCUGACCUGGAUUAGUACUGUGCGGGGUCAGAUGUGUGCGAGAGUCUGAGAGCCUCUAGUUUAAGACUUAGUGUAAGGUGUCAACGUAAAUAGAUUCUUUACGAGCUAGAACCUGUUUGCGACAGACUAGUCUGUGUUGACCGGACACUAGGGGUGUCUGUUUGUUUUUGCCAGCAGGUUUGUUUGUUUUUUGUUUUGCCAGCGGGUAGGUUUUGAGGUGCCAGACUGUUACGUGUGAUUAGAUUUAAGUGUAUGUUAACUCGGCUAGCUGCCCUGGCAGUCGAGGGUUGGUUCUCACCAGCAGGUAGACGGUGAAUGGGUUCACCCGGGCGCCUUUGUGUUGAUUCGAAUGACAAGAUAUGGCCAUUCGAAUGGGGGAGUGUAGACGGCGCCCGUGUCGGGUUGUAGGGGUCGCUGUUAUCGGGUCCUGAGUGAGGUGCGGGUGGCGGGGGUCCCGCAACCCAGUUAUCCGUUUGACUUGUUAACCUUUUUUCCUAUCCUUUUUCAAACCUUGCCACCAGUGAUAGGUUAGGUGCACUAUUGUACUCGCGGUAUUGAGUGACGGAGAUUAGAUUGUCCGAUCAGAGUGGUUUGUUACUGUAAAACUUGCAUCUCUUAUCGUCAAGGAGUGCGUUUCGGUAAUAUUUGGUUCGGAGGCGGUAUUUCAUGUGUGAUUAUUUUUCUUAUAUAAAAAUAUGGCUUGAUUAUGGUUAAAGUUUAGUUGACACGUCGAUGUAAGAGAUGCGACGCGAGUUUUUGAGUGACACGCUGGCAGGUCACGUGACCUAGCCGAGCUGUGGCGCAGUUUCCGAGCGGCGUGUGCGCUCUUUUCCCGCCCGACCUUCAUGAGGGGUGGAUGCGUGUGUCCCAGCGCGACGCUGAUGAGUAAGUUUGACUAUAUAGGAUUUGGGAGCACUUCAAUGUUGAAUGGAAUUUAUUUCAGUGUAAACCAGUAAAUUCGUAUAUGCUUUAAUUAGCUUUCUAUGCUUAUUUCUUUGAUAUCGUAUAUUCUUGUACCUCAAGUGCGCCAUUUAAAAAUGUUUCAAUCUUCGUAGGUGCUCGGCUCGCUCCGGUUGGCCCGGGGACGUGUAGGCCAGUCGAUAGCUGUGCGCUUUCCCCCGUGGCUGGAGCCGAGAGCGGUCUCGCGGCCGGGGCGUUUGAGUGGCCGGCCCCUGACGGCCCAGAGUGCGGCGGUGCCGCUGUUGACGAGUGGCACGCACAGCGGAGACGAGGAACAGCCGGUAGGAGCUAGUGUUUAUUAUGUUCUGCUAUUGUCGAUAUGUUGAGUUUAAGAACGCUGUAACGUAAUAUGUACAGUUUAUCAAAAGGUGACCGUUUCGGAAGGGAUUCAGUGUGGACUGUGGUUACUGAUGGGAGAUUUGGUACUGACCUGUGUACCCCUGUGUGUGCGUGCGCCUCCCACAGUAACAAGGGCAAUAAAGGUCCUUCGUCAA